UUUCAAGAGCUCUUUUAAUUUUCUGGUGGAGAAAAGGCAUAAAGUACUAUACAAUACAGUGCUUUUUAUGGGUAACAACUACAUUUUAAGAAGACGAGACUAACGACACGGAGAGAAGAGAUGGAUUUGCAAAUCUGAUAUGAACUAAUCUCAAUGUUCUUCAAAGACAAGACUCCAAAAGGUAACUGAACAAUACUAAGCAAGAUAACAUUUAGGACAUAGAAGUCACUUUCUUCAUCCACGUUUCAGAGUCUGUUUCAUCUCUAUUUCAAUGUUUGGAGGAGGUGGGUCAUAGUACGCAGCAAAGACACCACCAGACGUUUUCCCUAAAUAGAGGAAUACUCCUCUCCCACAGAGCAAGACGAUGAGAAUUCCCAGGCAAUCGGUGGGCGCUAAUAAUGUGAAGUGUACCUGGCCUUGGAGCACUGACUUGAUCCCCUGAGAGAGCUCAGCACAAAAUGAACAAACUGAGCUUUCAGAAUAAUAGAGCCAUGCAAGAUCGACGGAGUGUUUGUGUCUUUCUCCCCAAUGAUGGUACCUUAAAUAUCAUUAUAAAUGUUAAAGCACUUUGUCAGGAGCUCCUUGCUCAAGUAUGUGAUCUCCUCAGACUGAAAGACUGUCAUCUCUUUGGCCUCAGUGUAAUUCAAAACAAUGAACAUGUGUAUAUGGAGCUUUCACAGAAGCUUUAUAAAUACUGCCCCAAGGAGUGGAAGAAAGAAGCCAGUAAGGGAAUUGACCAGUUUGGCCCACCUAUGAUAAUCCAUUUUCGAGUGCAAUACUAUGUGGAAAAUGGCAGAUUAAUAAGUGACAGAACAGCAAGGUAUUAUUAUUACUGGCACCUGAGAAAAGAAGUAUUGCGCUCCCAUUGCAUACAGAGAGAAGAGGCCUACUUCCUACUGGCAGCCUUCGCUCUGCAGGCCGACCUUGGGAGCUUCAAAAGAAACAAACACUAUGGAAAAUAUUUUGAGCCAGAAGCUUACUUUCCUCCAUGGGUGAUCAAGAAGCGAGGGAAAGACUAUAUCUUAAAACACAUUCCAAACAUUCAUCGAGAUCAGUUUUCCCUAAAUGUGUCCGAGGCAUAUCUGAUGUAUAUUAAAGAGGCAGCACGCUUGGAGGAUGUAGCAGUCCAUUACUAUAGGUUGUAUAAGGAUAAAAGGGAAGUUGAAGCAUCUCUGAUUCUUGGACUCACAUUACGAGGAAUCCAAAUAUUUCAGAGUACGGGUGAUGAAAAACAAUUGCUUUAUGACUUUCCUUGGACAAAUGUUGGAAAGCUGGUAUUUGUGGGCAAAAAGUUUGAGAUUUUACCAGAUGGUUUGCCCUCGGCCAGGAAAUUAAUCUAUUAUACUGGCUGCUCCCUGCGAUCUCGGCAUCUCCUUCAGCUGCUCAGUAAUAGCCACCGUCUGUACAUGAAUUUACAACCAGUACUGCGCCGUGUCCGGAAACUGGAGGAAAAUGAAGAGAAAAAGCAAUACAGAGAGUCCUAUAUCAGUGAUGCAUUGGACCAGGAUUUGGAUCAGCUAGAGAAAAGGUCCCACGCCAGCGGGAGCAGUGCAGGAAGUGUAAAGCAUAAACGCCUCUCUAGGCAUUCUACAGCCAGUCACAGCAGCUCACACACAUCGGGAAUAGAAGCAGAUACAAAACACAGGGACAUUGGCCCAGAGGAUAGCUUCUCUGGGACGUCGUUCCAUUGUAAACUGAAAACCUGCAGCUCCAUGAACAGUCACAGUAGUUCCCAUACCUCCGGGGCAGAGAGUGCCGGCAAAGACAGACUGGAAGAUGACUCACAGGAUGACGAAGUAGAAAUGUUGGUUGAUGAUCCAAAGGACCUUGAUCUGCCUCUGGACGAUAACCCUGAACAAUAUAUUUAUAUCACAGAAGACAUGCUGCUUUUACAACAGUUAAAUGGCAAUUCAGGGUUGGUUGUAAAAGAAGUAAACUCUUCUACAUCCAGUUCCUCAGAAACUGUAGUGAAGCUUCGAGGACAGAGCAUCAAUUCCAUACCACAGACAGCAUCCAGAAAACCAAAGACUUCCACAGACCGGCAUAGUUUAAGUCUGGAUGACAUCCGUUUGUACCAAAAGGACUUUUUACAAAUUGCAGGACUGUGUCAGGACACUGCCCAGAGCUUCACAUUUGGCUGCGACCAUGACCUGGACAAUAGGGGCUUGUAUUGCAACGGCUGCCUAGCUCAGCAAUGCAUAAACAUGCAAGAACCUCUUACAGCUAAAAAAGCAAGCAAAUAUUUCUCCCUAGAUCUUACAAAUGAUGAAGUUCCAGAAUUUGUAGUUUAACUACAAGCAAUAAUUUUGUCCUGGAAGACCGCAUUUACAAAGUGCCAUUUGUAUUUUUUCAUGACUUUAGUUUUGUUUUGAUAUUUUGAAAGCAAAACAUUUGAAACAUUGAAUUUUUAUAAUUCUAUCUUCUACGUAUCAUGAACAAACACAGAACUUUUUUUUAUUAUUAUUUUUUUUUUUUAUUAUUGAACAAGAAUAAGGUACUUUUUUGUUUACAUAAACCAUUUUUGGGGCUUAUUCAGUAUAAAUAUUUAUGUAAAAUGUAUCGGUGCCAUUUGAAAAGCAUUUGUUUCUUUGUCAAACCAAAGAUACAUAAAUUUCUCAUCAAUAAAUUUCAAGAGGACUCAGAA